AUGGCCCAAGAUCCCACUCCAAAUGAGCCCGAGAAGGCUUCUUCUGAAUCCACUUCAUCAUACAAAGCGCAAGCCCCCAAUUUCCACCCCAGUUACAUCACCCCAGACACCUUCCAUCGUCUAUUGAAUUGCUACCCCGUAACGGUGGAAGCCAUUGCGCGUCGCAAGGCCACAGGACGCACUACCCGUUCCUCAGCCGCCGUAGCGAAGAAGGCCAGGAAGUCAAAAUCCGGCGCUUCGUCUUCGUCUGACGGCGAUGCGGCGCUGACGGAACAGGAGCGGGUGGACCGCGACGUGCAGGCGUUCUUGGAGUUGGAUGAGAAGAGGUAUCGUGGGCUUCCGGAGAUUGUGAGGGACAGAGCAGGUGCAGAUGGGGGUGAGGGUGGGUUUCUUACGAAGGAGGAAUUAGUGGAGAUUAUGGAGUGGAAGUUGUGCGUUUCUCUCUCUCUCUCUCUUUCCGUUCGUUCCCUUAAAGACCAACCAUCCCUAUCUAGAAAACACGGCGUCUCUCGCCCCAUGCUCCUCGGCAUGAUCAAGGGAAACACGGACGACGUGGUUGAAAAAGCCACAGCGAAUGCAUUCGCCAAGAUUCCUGCGCGUAGACGAACGCGGUACAACGAAUUCGAUGGCACUAAAAUUGAAGAAGGGGGUGAAUUCCCUGAAUUCUGCCUCGGGAUGGUGUCGCGGCCUUUGAGGGGCGUGGGGCCCGCGACGGCUUCUCUUUUGUUGUCAGUUGCUACGGCGAAGAGGGACGCUGUGCAGGAGGUUCCGUUUUACAGUGAUGAUGUUUUUCUGUGGCUUUGCCUUAAGGAGGGGCCGGGGAUAGAUAGGGUUCAGGGUGGUGACGAAAUGGAGGGGGGUGAGGAGUCGAAGAAACGAAAGACGAAGAAGAAUCCACGGGCUGGGGUCUUCAAACCGAAUGGGGAGAUUGAUGUCAAGUAUACGGUUCAGGAAUAUCGGCAGUUGUGGGACGCUGUGGGGAAGUUGACGAGACGGUUGAACAUACUCGGGUCCUCCAGUGAACCUGUUUCCUGUCUGGAUGUUGAGAAGGCGGCCCUGGUGUUGAGGCAUAUCGACAUCUCGGGGUUCUUCGAGACCGAGGCCGAGGAGGGCAGCAGCGUGGGUGGGAAAAGAAAGCGGAAUGGAAAGACGAGUUGA